AAUCAAAAUUUUAAUUUGUCUUAAACAAUCCAAGGAAAAAUAAAAAAAAAAAAAAGAAAAAAAAAAAGAAAAAGAUGAACCCAAAGAAACAGAAGCAAAAGACAGCAUGAAGUAAAGGAUAUUUCUUUUUGAUUGCAGUUGUUGAAAAUGCAAUGAAAAGGUAGCAAGCAGUUUUAAGAUCUGUGAAAAAGACAGUUUCUGUGCUGCAAAUACUAUGAUGAAUCAAGAGAACGAUCAGGAGAAUAAUCCUGAUGCAUCAGCAGAUGUCCCGCUGAAGCGCAAACGUGGUCGUCCAAGAAAAUUUCCAAAACAUAAUCUAUACCAGGGGGAGAAUGCUCAGACUGCAAGAAAUCAGAAUCCAAACCGUGCAGAGAAUAUUCGUAUCCCGCCUUUAUUUGAAGGGGUGAAUGGGAAUCAACCCCUUGAAGCAGAUCCAAUCAAUGAUGCAAAUGAUGUAAUGGUGGGUCAGGCUGUUUAUGGUGUUAUUGAGGCAGCAUUUGAUGCAGGAUAUUUGCUCACUGUUAGGGUUGGCAACUCUGACACCACUUUAAGGGGUGUGGUUUUCAAGCCUGGACAUUAUGUUCCUGUUUCAGCAGAGAAUGAUGUGGCUCCAAAUGUUCAAAUGAUCAGAAGAAAUGAGAUUCCCUUCCCAAGGGGGAGGAAUGAGCAGCAUGUCAAUUCUCAUAGGAAUGGAACUGCUCAUCCAUUCAAUGAACCAGGUAUAGCCAACCAUGUGCCAGGAGCUCGGGCUUCAAAUCUUGGGGGCUCAAAAAGCAAUCAUGUGCAGUCGGUGGCAACACAAUCUGCUUCUCCGCUAACGCGCAGAGGCAAUUUGGUGCCUGUUGUGCUCCAACCUGCUAGUGUACCAUAUGGCGGAUCAGUUGCCAACCAACCAUCUCUGGUUGCAAGCCAACCUGCUCAUUUGGUGGCCUCUAAAGGCAAACAGGUGUCUGAAGCUGCCCAUACAUCAAAUAUGGGAACACCCACCAACCAGAUGCCAACAUUUGGAAACAAAAUAUAUCCUACUCAACCCCCAGCAGAGGUUUUGCAGGAGACAGAAGCCAAGUCAAUGACAAUGCCUGGCAUGCCUUUUGAGAAACUAUUAACUGAAGUCAUGAAAAGGAUUCAAGUCCCCCAGCAACAAAUGGAUGGUCAAGGUGGUAAUUUAUCAGUCAAAGAUUCUGGACAUGACAUGGAAGAUGAUCAGCCACUCUCUAUUGAACCACUACAAGCUGUACAGCCUGCUCACUCUUCUUCUAUGCUCAAACCUUUUGAUAAUUUUAGAACUGGCAAGAUGACUGAGCUGUUGCAGGCUGUUCAGGAAAACAUGAGGGAAACCCAAGCUUCUCGGACUGAAGAGCCAGCCACUAGUUCUGGAGAAACUGAUCAAGGAGAUAAAGAAAUGCAUGAUUCCAACAGGCAUUCUCAGGUAUCGAGUGUCUAAUACAACAGGCAUUAUUUCUAGCGCCUUUUGGGCUAGCUCACAUGUUGUAGAGUGUUUUUAGUGGAAUCAGGUAGAUUUUGUAAAAUGUAUUUUUGAUCCUAAACAAGGUGAAGGAGCCAAACUGUCCAUGGAGGGUUAUGACCUUAAAGUACAAAAGGCUGGAUGGGAUCUUCUUUGCUUAAACCUUUAGGAUCAGAACUGUUUCCGUUACUUGGAAUUAAAGCUUUUUCAGUUUAUAGAUUUAUAGAAAAGCUAGCUGCAUAUUACUUUAUGCUUUGCCCUAACUUAGUAAACAGGGAAGGAUCAGCUUCUUGUUAAAUAUACGCAGCUUCCUUA